AUGCGUAUUCGCUCGCAAGGAGAGAGAAAAUUGGAAUUAGUCGAACGGAAUCCCGGAAAGCGAGUACGAGAUACGCGUGGUGCCGUUUUACCAAUAUCAGAGCGAGCACACGGAAAAAAAAAAGAAAAAGUCCAGAUCAAUUAAGUCAUUAAGUUAAUAUAAUAGAAGAAACGAAAGCCCUUUAACGCCGAAGUGACGCGACGCAAGGUUCAUUGGAUUGAUAAAAAAUAUAGGAUGGCGAAGCCUGCGCAAGUUUUACUUAUCGAGCCGGAAAGCGAACUACGAUUCAGGGGCCCAUUCACCGGAGCUCCAGUCACAUCUUACAUAAAAUUAAUAAAUCCUACUACUAAUAAAGUAUAUUUUAAAAUAAAAACGACCGUACCAAAGAAAUAUUGCGUACGCCCUAAUUCAGGAGCCUUGAAGCCAAUGGAAAUUGCAGAAGUAGCAGUAUGCUUACAACCUUGCGAUUUUGAUCCAGCGGAUAAAAAUAAACACAAAUUUAUGGUUCAGAGUUUAAUAGCUCCGGAUAAUGAUUCAGAUGAUUAUUUAAACGAUGUGUGGAAAGAGACAAAACCGGAGCAAUUAAUGGACUCUAAGUUAAAAUGCGUAUUUGAGAAUCCAGUAACAACUACUGCUGCAACUAAAACGACUACAACCACUACGACAACUAGGUCGGAUACUACUACGAAUAACGAGAAAAAUAAAGGUACUGGUGAUUCGGUGAAGUCUUCUCCAAAGGUAUUGGAAGAAACAGAAGAGAAAUUGUUAAAAGCAGCACAAGAGGUAACUCAGCUUAGAGUAGAGGAAAGUGCUCUCAGGCAGGAGAACCUUCAACUCAGGAGAGAUUUAAUGAAAUACCGGAAUUCAGCAUUGGAGGAUGCUAGAGGUUUGCCAGCCCAAAGCAGUAAUCAGUAUUCUAUGUCAUCAAUCAGUUAUAUCAUUACCAUUGCAAUGGUCAUAUUAGGCUAUUUGUUGGGAAAACUAAUCUGAGCAGCUCUUAUUCUUCAAAUAUACCUCGGCACAUCCCUUUUUUCCCUACAUUCUUAGUCUGCCCCCCUGCCAUCUUCAGACUGCAAAGACCAAUUUCAGUCGUACCAUUAUUUGAUUGAUAAUAAUAAAUUAUAUUAACAGGAACAGUCGUGGUCUGCAUUAAUAGGACUAUUUGCUUUGGGAAUGUGCUUAGCCCGGUAAAUCAUCCGAAAUUUUGUUAACUUCGUUAAAUUUGGAAACUUCAAAUCCUUUUUUAAGAAAUGUUUGUUAUGUUCCAGUCAAGAGUCCAAUGGCUUGGGAUUGAUACCACAUUAGUUAAUUGUUAAACAUCUAAGAAAUGUUACUGAUUUAGGUGAAAACUAAAUAUCAAGUAGCAUGUCUUGGAUAAAUGUUUACUAGUUUAUACAUUUGUUUUUAAUAAACUUCCCACGCAUACACUUCUUACAAAAGGAUUUUUUUUGCUUUAACAAACAACACUUGCCUGCGUCUUGUGUCUUUGACACCAUGCAUUGCCACCACUAGGUCAAUCAAAUUACUUAUACAAAAUACUAAUUUUAAAGAAAUUUAUAUUUGUUUAAAUGAAGUAUUUUGUAUGAUAGUUUUAAAAAGUUUUGCAACAUUUUUUUAAAUCGAAUACCAUCACCAUCGAGGAGUCUAUCUUUUUAAAUCUAGCUCCAUUUUUUCAAUAUAAUUGCCGAUAUUUACUAAUAUAUUUUCAAUAUUUUUCAUUUAGUUAUAAAUCCACAAGUUUGAAAACUAUAGCAAUUGUAAACAUUGUGUGUUCUAAGAUGAAGAGUUACGCGCGGGCACGUUAACACUGUGAUAGGUAAUAACGCCUUAAAAAUUAAGUGUAUUUCGCGCCGACGUUCAACGUCAAAUUUGUCAUUUUAUUCAUUAAACAUUUUUUUAAUUAGUUCGUAUUUAAUCGAAAAUGUAAUUUUGAAGAAUAAGCAGAGAGGGAAGGGGGGCUGACUGAAUAGUAGUGGUUCGUCAUUGUCCAUACGGUAGUGAUGACUGCAUCAAAGAGCAGUGGCAUAUAAUUUAAGAAGUUAAUGCAUUGAAUUUAUGACGCUUCAGUGUACUUUUUAUUUCUUUAUGUUUGUCUUAUAAAAAUUAAAAAUAAAGAUAUCUCGGAUGUCACACGAUA